AUGGAGUCUGAACCCGGGGAGCGGGAGCCCCUUCCCCCUCUCGCUAUCAUCGGGUUCUCAUUCCAGUUCCCUGGAGAUGCAACCACCCAAGAUGCAUUCUGGGACAUGUUGAUGCAAGGCAGAUGUGCAUCGACCGAGUUCCCCGCGGACCGGAUGAACAUCGAUAGCCAAUACAAUGCCAACCGUGACAAGCUUCACAGUGUCUCCUGCCGGGGCGGCCACUUUCUCACCCGCGAUCUCGCGGCUUUUGACGCGCCUUUCUUCAACAUCUCCGACGCGGAAGCCAAGUCCAUGGACCCGCAGCAUCGUCUGGCCUUGGAGACCGUGUAUCAUGCUCUCGAGAAUGCCGGUCUUCCGAUGGAUACCGUGGCGGGCUCGAAGACAAGUGUGAUGGCGGGCUCCUUCUGUAACGACUAUCACACCCUCCAGACCAAGGAUACGUUGAAUUUCCCCAAGAACGCUACCACAGGCAGUUCUCAGAGCUUGAUUGCCAAUCGGAUCAGCUGGUUCUUUGAUCUACUGGGGCCCAGCGCGACGGUGGACACUGCGUGUUCGAGCAGUCUUAUGGCGGUGGAUCUGGCCUGUCAGUCACUGUGGAGUGGUGACGCGACUAUGGGAAUUGCGCUUGGAUGUAACGUUAUCCUCGCCCCGGAAAUGACCAUCGGCUUGGACAAUCUGGGACUCCUCUCCCGCGAUAGUCGCUGCUACAGCUUUGACGACCGCGCCAACGGAUAUGCCCGCGGUGAAGGCAUCGGGGCUGUGAUCAUCAAACGUCUUGAGGACGCCGUGGCAGCUGGGGACACCGUCCGCGCGGUCAUUCGGUCGUCGAGCUCCAACCAGGAUGGCAAGACCCCGGGGAUUCUGCAGCCAAGCAAAGAGGCGCAGGGCCGGUUGAUCCGUGACACCUAUCAGAAGGCUUGUCUUGACAUGAGAUCGACCCGAUACUUUGAGGCUCAUGGAACUGGGACCCCGAUUGGCGAUCCGAUCGAGACUCGGGCGAUCGGAUCGGCGUUUCAAGCUUAUCGCUCCUCGGACGAUCCUCUCUAUGUUGGCUCUGUGAAAUCCAAUAUAGGUCAUCUCGAAGGGGCGAGUGGGAUUGCGGGCUUGAUCAAAGCGGUUCUGAUUUUGGAGAAUGGUAUCAUUCCCCCCAAUAGCAGUAAUCUGCAGUCGGUCAACCCGCAGAUCGAUGAGCAAUACCUCCAUCUCAAGAUUCUGCAAGAGGCCAUCGCUUGGCCCUCGCCGGGUCUACGUCGGGCUUCAAUCAACUCCUUUGGCUUUGGCGGGGCUAAUAGUCACGUCGUCCUUGACGAUGCUUUCAACACUUUUCGUAUGCACGGCAUCGAGAAUGGUCGUCAUCGGACUGUCAUUGCACCUCCUAUGCUCAAGGGACUCGGUGUCUCGGUGCGAGAGGAUGCUCGUCAUGCAACUGGACGCUCCACGCCCGACAUGACUGGUCCUCCCUCUACGGAAGCUGAUUUGACUCUUCUCGUGUGGUCAGCAGCAGACCAAGCCGGCAUUCAGAGACUCUCGGACGCCUGGCAGCAUGUCUCGUUCAAUGAGGGUCUAUCCCAAUGCACGGAGACCUACAUACGCGACUUGGCUUUCACACUAUCUGCCAGACGAAGCCACCUUGCCUGGAGAUCCUUUGCGGUUGUCAAGCCACAGGAAGCCUUGCAGUCUGUGGUGGACAAGAUGAGUCCUGCUAUCAGUUCCAAGUCUACUCCUCAUCUCGCCUUUGUCUUCACAGGCCAAGGAGCCCAGUGGCACGCUAUGGGUCGCGAGCUUAUCGAUCAAUACCCCGCCUUCAGAAACAGUCUGGCUGACUCGAACCAGUAUUUCAAGACUCUUGGAUGCCAGUGGGACGUGAUCGACGAGCUGCAGAAAGAUGAAUCCGAAACGCAAGUCUACAAUCCGACCUUUGGGCAGCCAUUGUGCACAGUACUGCAGAUUGCUCUGGUCGAACUCCUCCAAAGCUGGCAGCUGAAGCCCAGUGCGGUAGUCGGUCAUUCUUCAGGUGAAAUCGCCGCUGCUUACUGUUCGGGCGCAAUUACGAAAUAUUUCGCUCUGAAGAUCGCGUACUAUCGAGGGUUCCUCACCGGGAUUAUGGGGAACUUCUGUCAACGCUCGCUCGCAUGGCAAAUCGCCAAGUCCGUGUCUCCUAACAUGCAGGGUGCUAUGCUGGCUGCAGGGCUGUCUCAAAAAGAGGCUCAGAAGUAUCUGGCGGUCGUGUCCUCCCAUUUUGGUGAGCUGAAGCUCGACGUUGCGUGCGUCAACAGUCCUACCAGCGUCACUAUAUCUGGCUGCGCGAGACAGAUCGAUCACCUGCACCGACUCCUCGUCGAGAAGAAGUUGUUCUCACGAAAGCUUGCAGUCAAUGUCGCAUACCACUCCUAUCAGAUGAAGGAGAUUGCGGACAUAUACCGUGAUCUGCUGGAGAAGGUGGAACGCCCACCCAAAGCGAAAAAACCAGCGGUCAUGGUCUCCAGCGUCACCGGGUCCUGGAUCUCAGCGGAAGAGCUUUCCACGCCCGACUACUGGGUGAAGAACUUGGUGUCGCCUGUUUUGUUCCACGACGCCCUCGCACUUCUGUGCACCGCCUCCCGAACACCCGCCCGGAAGUUUGACGGCAGUCAUCGCUACAACGUAGCGCUGGACCACCUCCUGGAGCUGGGACCUCAUUCGGCUCUGCAGGGUCCCUGUCAAGAAACCCUGGCGGCAAUGGACAAGCAGGGCCAGGUCUCUUACGUUCCCUUCCUCCGCCGUGGUCGCUCUGCGGUUCACUGUGCCAUGGAGAGCGUGGGCCGCCUGCACUGCAGUGGAUACGCGAUUGACCUGUCCUCGGUCAUACGAAGCGCACAAGAAGAGCAAGACCAGCCCCGCCUACUCGUCAAUCUGCCCGAAUACCCCUUCAACCUCACCAAGAAGUACUGGUUCGAGAGUCGCAUCAGCAAGAACUACAGACUCCGCCGGUUCGGCCACAUGGAACUGCUCGGUGUGUCGGACCCAGACGCAACCCCCCUGGAAGCCCGAUGGAGGAACAUCAUCCGCAUCGCCGACAUGCCGUGGGUGGAAGACCACAAAAUCAACAACAGCGUGCUGUAUCCCGGUGCGGGCAUGGUCGUCAUGGCUAUCGAAGCUGUCAAGCAGUUGGCAGACCCGAAUCGAAGCAUCGCGAGCUUUGAGCUCCGUGACGUGGUGUUCUCGUCGGCGCUGCAGGUUCCCGCUCACGCUGAGGGCAGCGUCAAGAAGGACUCGACGGCUUGGUUUGAGUACCGCAUCUGCACGUUCGACCAUGGUUCCUGGGUUGAGAACAGCUCUGGGUCGGUGCAAGCUCGGUAUGCGCCUGAUGAGAAAACAGCCAGUCUCAGUGACGGCAUAGAGGCUGAGUGGCAGGCAUCCCUCGUUAGCACCUACGAACGUGCAUACAAUCACUGCACCGCAUGUGCAGAUGCUGAUGCGUUCUACGAGUGGUUGCAUGAGUCUGGUUAUCACUAUGGCCCUGCGUUCCGCGUGAUUCAGGGCUUGUAUCAUGGACCAGAAGAUGACUACAGCACCAUGGUUGCGGAAAUCAAGCCCUUUCAGCCAUCGAUAACGACAGCACAGGCCGAGUAUCCAGCCCACACCAUCCACCCCACUACGCUGGAUGGCGUUAUCCAGAUGAUGGCAGCGUUGGUCACGAAUGCUGGGCAGCGCAAGAUUCCUGUCUCCGUGCCAACCAGAAUCAAUCGACUCUGGAUCUCGAACACAGGCGGACUGAGCCAUCCUUCGUCGAGUCUCAUCAACACCUACGCGACCUCUAUCCGGUCCGCCGUCGGCGACACCCAGUACUCAAUGACGGCAUACGAUCUGCAUGUCACCAAAGCUCUGCUGACCUUGGAAGGGUUGAAAGUCACCUCCAUCGCAGCUCCAGAGAUCGUCUCAUCCUCGGACCAAGUCAAGGCCGACAGCCUGUGCCAUCACGUGGAAUACAAGCCCGACACUGACCUUCUCGAUGCGCGCGGAUUCUUGACGGCCUUUGGCAUACAAGAGCUUCAAGUCCUGGGGCCGGUGCAGCACCUGCGGGACAUUGAGUUUCUGAUCGCCACCUGCAUCUGCAAGUAUGCCGACCCGCUCAGUGAGCUGGACCCAGGCAGUCUUCCCUCGCACACGCGAUGCUACAUUGACUGGAUCGUGAAGCACAAGAGGCUGCUGGAGCUCGACGCUUCGGACUUUGGAUCUAUUGAAUGGCACCACCUGAUGGAUGACGAGGUCUAUGGAGCUCAGGUACACCAGCGUGUCGAAGAGACCAGCAAGCGCGGCAGGCUCGUCAGCACCAUCUGCAAGAAUCUCGUCGAGAUCCUCGAGGACCCCAUCCCCCAUCUCUUCAAGGACAAUCUGCUUUCCGACGUGUACUCCGAGAUGCUGUACGGCCUCCCCGCGGCAUCAGGCUUGAUCCGCUACAUCGACGCUCUCGCCCACAAGAACCCGCGCAUGAACAUCCUCGAGAUCGGGGCCGGGACCGGAGCGAUGACGCAGCUGUGCCUGCAGGCGUUGGCGGGCCCCGACGCGAGUCUCCCGCGCUACAACCGCUGGGAUUUCACCGAUAUCUCCAGCUCGUUCUUUCCAGAUGCUGUCAGCCGGUUCGAGACAGAGAAGCAGCGCAUGGAUUUUCGUGUGCUGGACAUCGAGCAGGAGCCGGCGGAUCAAGGCUUUCAAGCUGGGUCGUAUGAUCUGGUCGUGGCUUUUCUGGUGCUUCAUGCCACGGUGGAUCUCGCAGCUAGCCUGCGUAACGUCCGGCAACUGCUGAAGGUCGGGGGGAAGCUUCUCCUUUUCGAGAUCACCCACCCCGAGCCGGUGCGAGCGAGCUUUGUCUUUGGCCUUUUCGAGGGUUGGUGGCGCGCGCGCGAGCCCUCUCGUCAAGAUCACCCGUGCGUGGGUGUCGAGCAGUGGGAGGAGCUGCUGACCGAAAAUGGUUUCUCCGGGUGUGAUCUGGCGAUCGAUGACUAUGCGGAUAAAGCGUGUCAUGAAGGGACAUUGAUCGUGUCAAGUGCCGUGGCUCCAGGCGCCCCUGUCGACACUAUCUUGCCCCCAGUCGAUCCCGCCAUAGCCACUCAACCCAACCCUUCAGCGCCGCACAUCCCGAGGCUGUUCAACAUCAUCGUCAACUCUGCAAUUCCUCUUCAGAACGAGAUUGCGGGAGUGCUGAUGUCGCAACUUUACGAGGCCGGCGCCCGAGUCAUCGCGAAACGCGGCAUCGAAAGUAUGAUGAACCGAGGUCUUUCUACCAACACAACGGACAUCUCUCUCCUCGACAUUGAGGUUCCAUACAGCUACAACAUGAACAAACGCGAGUAUGAGCGGAUCCAGAAACUGAUCACCACUACGACCAACCUCAUCUGGGUCGGCAGCGGAGGGGGCCACCAACCCGCUCCGCAGUUCCGGCUUGUCGACGGUUUAUUCCGGGUCCUCUUUCGCGAGCUGCCCAGAGCAAAGAUCACUACCGUGUCGUUGGAGCAGGGGGAGACAUCCGAGCAUCAGACGGAGCAGAUCAUGAAAGUCCUCACCGCCGUCUCGACAGAGACCCGCGACUCGGACACAGAAUACUGGGAGACGGAUGGAGUGCUUCACAUCGGCCGCUUGGUCCCCGCCACGCCUAUCUCCAAGACCGUUGCGAAGAUGAAGCAACCCCAGCAAAAGCAGCUCAAUGCAUACGGCGCCGGCCCCCCGCUCCGCCUCGAAGUCGGCACCCCCGGCCUCCUGCACACGCUUCAGUUCGUCGAAGACAAAUCCCUCCGCGGGCCCCUGCUGCCGGACGAGGUGGAGGUCAAGGUCAAGGCGGUCGGUCUCAACUUCCGCGACGUCCUGAUCGCACUGGGCCGUCUGGAAAGCGACACUCUCGGGGCGGAGUUCGCCGGGGUGGUGGUCCGCGUUGGCGCGCGCUGCCAGCGCUUCAAACCCGGGGAUCGAGUCGUGGUCUUCCAUCCGAGCCGAUACGCGACCUUCGUCCGGGUGCGCGAGAACAUGUGCAUCGUGCAACUGCCCGACGAGAGUAUGUCCUUCGUGACUGCGGCUGCGAUCCCGGUGGCGUUCGCGACUGCCUGGAUCACCCUCACACAGCUGGCACGGCUGCAACCGGGCGAGUCAAUCCUCAUACACUCGGGCGCCGGCGGCACAGGGCAGGCGGCGAUCCAGGUCGCCCGUCAUCUGGGAGCCAAGGUCUUCGCGACGGUCUCGACCGAAGCCAAGAAACAGCUCCUAAUGCAGCGGUACCAGAUCCCCGACCAGCACAUCUUCUCCAGUCGCAACACGCUAUUCGUCAAGGGCAUCAAGCUCCUCACUGCCGGUGUGGGUGUCGAUGUGGUCCUGAACUCCCUGGCGGGCGACAUGCUCAUCGCCUCGUGGGAGUGCAUUGCGCCGUUUGGACGCUUCAUCGAGAUCGGCAAGAAUGAUAUCCUGACCAACACCAAGCUCCCGAUGCUGCAGUUCGAGAAGAACGUGAGCUUUUCCGCGGUCGAUCUGGCCCAGGUGGCCUUCGAGCGGCCGCACCUGAUCCGACAGGCUCUGGCGGACGAUCUGUUCAGUUCCAUCGCGAUGGGCAGGUUGACGCUGCCUCAUCCACUACAGGUCUUCGGCAUCUCAGAACUCGAGCACGCUCUUCGUUAUCUGCAGGGCGGGAAGAAUUCGGGCAAGGUCGUGGUCGAGCUGCGUGAUGACGAGCAGGUCAUGACCCUUCUGGACACGAAGCCGUCGUUCACGUUCGAUCCCAACGCGACCUAUGUCAUUGCCGGCGGGCUGGGAGGCCUCGGGCGCAGCAUCGCCAGCUGGUUCGUGGACCGCGGUGCGCGCAAUCUCGUUCUCCUGUCGCGCUCAGGCCCCAAGACCGAGCAGGCUCGCCAGCUGGUUGCGAAGCUCGAGCAGCAGGGGGCGCGCGUCGUCACCCCAGCAUGCGAUAUCACCGAUGCCGCUUCCCUCAAACUCGCCCUCGACCUCUGCCGCCAGCUGUUGCCCCCGAUCAAGGGCUGCGUGCAGGCAUCCAUGGUCGUUCGUAGCGGCAACUUCGAAGGGCUAGACCACGAGUCCUGGCAAGCCAGCACCGCCCCCAAGACCACCGGCUCCUGGAACCUGCACGCCCACCUUCCGCGCGGCAUGGACUUCUUCGUCCUGCUCUCCUCCGUCAGCGGCAUCUGCGGCCCCCUCACCGACGCCAGCUACGCCGCCGGCAACACCUUCCUGGACGGUCUCGCCCGCUACCGCGCCAGCCUCGGCGAGCGCGCCGUCUCCCUCGACCUCGGCCUGUUCCUGUCCGCAGGCUACUUCGCCGAGAACCCGGACAAACGCGACCUCUUCCUGGCCAACACCGUCUGGGACGAGAUCUCCAUGGCGGAUCUGCACGCUCUCCUGGACCUCUACUGCUGCCCCCCGCUCACCGAACCCGCCAGCACCCUGCACAAGCAAAGCCAAGUGGUCGUCGGCAUCACCCCCCGCACCACCGCGGCCGGCCGCGCCAAAACCGACUGGAUGGCCCGUCCCUUCUUCCGCCUCCUGGUCGCCUCCCUCGACGCCUCGUCUCCGGAGCAGCAAGCCUGGUCCGGUUCGGCUGCGGGGGCCAUGGCGGGCGGCAGUGGCGGCUCAAGCCUGGCCGCCCGCCUGGCACACGCGCAGUCAGCCACCGAGACAAUCGCAAUCGCACUGCAGGCCACCCGCGACAAAGUGGCCCUCAUGCUCUCCCUGCCCGUCGACGAGAUCGACGUCGACAAGGCGAUCCAUCAGUACGGGGUCGACUCGCUGGCCGCCGUGGAGCUGCGGAACUGGUUCUCCCGCGAGAUGCAGGCGGACAUCGCCGUCUUUGAUAUCUUGGGCGGGGCGAGUUUGAUGUCCGUGGUGAAUUUGGCGGUCGGGAAGAUGAGGACCAAGUAAGUAGGAAAAAAAC